AUGGGUAAUUUUAAUGCUCGUGUUGGAGUAGAACAGGCCAAUACAGCCGGAGGAACUGUUGAUAAACAUGCUAUUGACAAACAAAAUCAAAACGGUCGUCGACUAGUUGAUAUCUGUCUAUUUAACAGCUUUAUAGUUACUAACACAUUCUUUCCACAUAAAGCAGUCCACAAAGGCACAUGGAUACACCCAAAAACUAAACAAUGGCACAUGUUAGAUUAUAUACUAGUUAAUCGUAAAUUUCGAUCUAGUGUGCAAGAUGUACGGGUCCAUAGAGGUGCUGCUGGUGGUAUUGGAACUGAUCAUCAUUUAUUACGAGCUAAAAUUCGUCUACAUUUGAAAUGUCGUAGAAAAACAGAAAAAAUGUCGAAAGAGUAUUUUGAUGAAACGCUGAACGUUGAUACAACAUUAAGCGAAGAAGUUUUACAACAAAUUCCAAGUCCUACAGUUGAUGAUGAAGAGCUUUCUCUACAGGAUGCUGUACCAACUCUUGAUGAGUUUGUAAAGGUGAUUGGACAAAUUAAAAAUAAAAAAGCUCCUGGAAAAGACGAUGUACCAGCGGAACUCCUAAAAGCGGGCAGUCAUUAUGUCGCUGAGUGGUUACAUGAAAUUAUUCGUGAUGUAUGGGAACAGGAGGUUAUGUUUAAAAUUCCGUUUGUUCUUCGCCUAAACUGGUCUACCAGUAUUGGCUAUCUAUCUAUCUAUCUAUCUAAUCGAAAACAACAAAAUCGACGAACAACAUUAAAAAGAAUAGCAACAAGUGAAGGACAGAGGUUUGGUGAACACACUGAUGAUGAAUUCAACAAUCAUCAGUGUCAUCUCUGCAACACCAACAAACAUAUAUGUCUUCUAAAUCAAAAUGAAAGAGAAGAACGUCAACACCAACAGUCAACAGGAGCAAGGAUAUUCAUCAAUUCUAAUCAAAAUAACAGCCAUCAACAUUGUCAACAACCAACAACAAAUUCGUUUUAUAAUAAUAAAAAUAAUCUACAUGAAAAUACAUUAAGAAUUAGUAAACAUGCAAUUGAUUAUGCUAGUGAAUAUUACUACUUACCUUUUAAAUUAGAAUAUCAACCAAAAUUAAAUGAUAAAAAAAAUGGACAGAAAAUAAUUACAGAUCUUAUUAAAGCAAUUAAACCCGAUUUCAUUAUUGAGAAUCCUAAAUUUAAUAAAGUAAUUCUAUUUGAUCUAUGGUCAAUUGAUUCAAAUGGUGAUAUACAAAUUAUUAUUAAAACAACAGAACUUUACGUAUAUUUAUGCAAAUCUGAAAGAUAUCCAAAAGAAUUGAACGGGGUGAGAAUAGUUCCACAUCAUCCACCUGAUCUUCCACCACAACAUAUUGCUAUAUUAAAAUGGAUUAAUUAUUCAAUUUUAAUAGAUGAUAUUAAAGAUGAAUUGAAUUCAAGAUAUGAAAGUGUAUUUUCAAUUGAAGAAAUGGCCGGAACAAUGAAUGAUAAAACACGUCAUGUGAAGAUCGAAUUAUUAAAUAAAGUCGAAUAUGAUACAUUAUUAAAUACUAACUAG